AGGGCUACAAGUCCUAGUAUUCUUCAAGCAUCCGCCGCGUAGUGGCGUAGCUCUCUCGUCGUGGCUCGCCAAAAAGUCAUCUUUCCCCAUUGCUGCGUGGAAGGUGUGCGGGUGAUUAGUGUAUAACAGAGAUUUUUUCUGGGUGUAAUUCGAGCUGAUGGUUUUGCCGAAGUGGUCAUUUGAGCUAGUAGUGUUGAAAUUGGAUCCCAGUGAAAUUUGAGUGUACGGACGGAAAUCGAAGCGGCUUUUGGACGUUCCGGAACGGUUUAUUAGUGCUGUGGUGCAAGCUCGGUGCGAUCUUCUUGAGUAAGGAUGAGUCGACGUUAUUCACGGGCUGAAUCUAGUUCGGAUCUGUUGGCUUUUCUCGAUCGAGGACACUCAGCCAACACCGAGAACCGAUGGACGUUCGAAGUCGCAUGGGAGGUCGCCAAUAAGGUCGGUGGAAUCUACACCGUAAUCAGAUCUAAAGCGUUCGUGUCUACGGAGGAGCUGGGAGAUCAGUAUUGUCUGAUCGGACCGUACAAAGAGUAUUCCGCUCGGACAGAGGUUGAAGCCUGCGAGUUUCCCAGCAAUGGACCACUCUACGGCGCAGUCUCUGCAAUGCGCAACCAAGGCAUCAAAGUACACUGCGGACGGUGGCUGGUCGACGGGAAUCCUCAAAUUAUUCUUUUCGAUCUCUCCUCGGCGGCAUGGAAAAUGGAUUCCUACAAACAUGAACUGUGGGAAUCGUCCAACGUUGGGAUUCCUCACUUGGACGUGGAAAGCAACGACGCUGUUAUUCUAGGCUAUACAAUCGCGACUUUCAUUGCAGAGUUUAAACAAUGCGCCGAUCAAUAUUCGCGUGAUAACGAUUACGGACCACCUCGCAUUGUUGCGCACUUCCACGAGUGGCAAGCGGGUGUUGGACUGAUUGCACUUCGUACGCGCCAUGUCGAUGUGGCCACUGUGUUCACUACUCACGCUACUCUGUUAGGUAGAUAUUUGUGCGCUGGAAAUACCGAUUUCUACAACAAUCUCGACAAGUUCCCCGUUGACGAGGAAGCUGGCAAGCGACAAAUUUAUCAUCGGUACUGUUUAGAGCGAGCCGCCACGCACCUGUCCCAUGUGUUCACCACAGUUUCGGAGAUCACUGGUUAUGAGGCAGAGCAUCUGCUGAAGCGUAAACCGGACAUUAUAACCCCAAACGGUUUGAACGUGAAGAAGUUUUCGGCUAUUCACGAAUUCCAAAAUCUGCAUGCCAUGGCAAAGGAUAAAAUUCAUGAAUUCACGCGCGGUCAUUUCUACGGACACUUCAAUUUCAACUUGGAUAAAACACUUUACAUGUUCAUUGCUGGGCGCUAUGAAUUCACCAACAAAGGCGCUGACAUAUUCAUUGAAGCUUUGGCUCGAUUGAACCACUUGUUGAAGUCCAAUCUGCCGGAUGUUACAGUAGUCGCAUUUCUGAUCUUCCCUACCAAGACCAAUAACUUCAACGUUGAAUCUCUUCGUGGACACGCAGUAACCAAACAACUGCGGGAAACGAUCAACAGCAUUCAGCAUCAGAUAGGCAAGCGAAUGUACGAUACUUGUUUGCAGGGGCAGCUCCCCGACGGCAACGAGAUCCUCACUAAAGAGGAUAUUGUCAAGAUCAAGCGUUGCUUGUACGCAUUACAACGUGAUGGAAACCCACCGAUCACCACCCAUAAUGUUGUCGACGAUUGGAACGAUCCGGUGUUGGAAUCCGUGCGACGGUGCCAUUUGUUCAAUACUAUGAAUGAUCGAGUCAAGAUUGUGUACCACCCUGAGUUCCUGAACCAAACCAAUCCACUGUUUGGUUUGGACUAUGAAGAGUUUGUCCGUGGGUGCCAUUUGGGCGUCUUUCCAUCAUACUACGAGCCAUGGGGCUACACGCCAGCCGAGUGUACUGUGAUGGGAAUUCCUAGCAUUACAACAAAUCUGUCCGGCUUCGGAUGUUUCAUGCAGGAGCAUAUCGCCGAUCCUAAGUCGUACGGUAUCUACAUCGUAGAUCGACGUCACGUCAGCCUGGAGGAGAGCGUUCAACAGCUGUCUCGGUUUAUGUACGAUUUCUCCAAACUUAACAGACGCCAGAGAAUUAUCCAGCGAAAUCGUACCGAGCGGCUGAGCGAUUUGCUAGACUGGAGGAAUCUGGGAAUUUACUACCGCCAGGCGAGAAUUAAAGCACUUCAGACUGUGUAUCCGGAUUACGUUGACGAGUCAGAGAGCUACCUGAAGCGUGCCGCCGAUUUCAACUACCCACGUCCAAUCAGUGCUCCCCCAAGCCCAAGUUCUUCAAGACAUACAACUCCAGCACCAUCACUUCACGGCUCCGAUGACGAACAGGAUUCCGUGAACUCAGAGGAAGAAUUGGAGGAGCUGAAGAAGGCCAAUUCGUACGAUUGAGCAACUACUAGCAUAUAGCCAGAAUUGAGGGGAACCUAAAUUGAUACAAAUUAUGACAGUAGUUCGAUUCCUUGGCUAACCUAAUUCGAGUCGAGUCAAAUGUAAAUCUAUAGGUAUGUUCUUCCCGAACACACGCUUCAUCAUCUGAUCAGCAGGUUCAUCUUCUUUUCUUUGUUACAACAUUAUGUUACUAAUUCAGUUUACCUCGAGCAGCUAGUACUAUUUGUGUGUGUUAAGCCGUAAGAGUAGUGUUAGAACGAGAUUACAGAGUUUAUCUAGUUAAACCAAUAAUUGAUGGCCCUUUUUAUGUUUUAGAUAUCUUUUUUCUGAUUUGACCAAUCACAAUGAAAUAAAUAUUACUGCCUGGUGUAAA